GCUCCGUGAGGGGCUUCUGUGAGCCCUGUGGCGGGAGGUGACUGGUUGAAGCGGGAGACCUGUUCCUGACCAUGUCAAGGAGGAAGUUGGAGAAUAAAAGCCUUCCUGGCUUGUUAGCCACGUCUCUGAACACACAGAUCAAGACAGACAAUUUCCACAAUUUUUAUAUGCUUGAAUCAAAAGAGCUGGGAAGAGGAAGAUGUGCUGUGGUUAGAAAAUGUAUCGCUAAAUCCACAGGCCAAGAGUAUGCAGCUAAGUUUUUAAAGAAAAGAAGAAGAGGUCAAGAUUGCAAAGCAGAGAUUCUUCAUGAAAUUGCUGUGCUUGAAUUAAUGAAAUCUAAUCCUCGCAUAGUUAAUCUCCAUGAAGUCUAUGAAACAGCAAAUGAAAUCAUCUUAGUGUUGGAAUAUGCUGCUGGAGGAGAAAUAUUUGACUUGUGUGUCCCAGAUCUGGAUGACAGAAUUGGGGAAAGGGAUAUUGUAAGACUUAUAAGACAGAUACUUGAAGGACUUCGCUGCUUGCAUGAAAACAACAUUGUUCAUCUGGAUUUAAAGCCUCAAAAUAUUUUGCUGAGCAGUGUCAAUCCUCUUGGUGAUGUCAAAAUAGUAGAUUUUGGUAUGUCUCGGAAGCUUGAGAAUUCUGGUGAACUGCGGCAGAUCAUGGGAACAACAGAGUAUCUAGCUCCAGAAAUCUUAAACUACGAUCCCAUUACCACAGCUACAGAUAUGUGGAACAUAGGUGUAAUUUCAUACAUGCUGCUGACACAAGAAUCUCCAUUUGUUGGAGCUGAUAAUCAAGAAACUUACCUUAAUAUAUCUCAAGUUAAUGUGGAUUAUUCAGAAGAAACAUUUUCAUCAGUUUCACAGCCUGCCAAAGACUUCAUUCAAAAACUCCUCAUAAAAAAUCCAGAGCAAAGACCCACAGCAGAGGCCUGUCUUUCUCAUCUGUGGUUGCAGCAAGGGGAGUUCAUACUCUUGUGUAGCCCUGAAGAAACUUGCUGCUCUUCUCUAAUGCCAGGACACACCACAAAAUGGUCAGAAGAGCGGAAUGUAAAAUCUAGUAGUAAUGGUACCUGCAGCAACAAGGAAGACAAAGAGAACAUUCCAGAGGACAGCAGUAUGGUCUCCAAACGUUUCCGUUUUGAUGAUUCAUUGCAGUAUCCCCAAGACUUCAUGACAGACUUCAUAUGUUAAUGUGUAAUACAGACUUUUAUAAAAUGGAUUUAGCAUAAUCUGUUCCAGUGGUGAAUAUAAGAUUAUAGCUUGCCAAUUUGUGCAGCAUUGGCAUACUAGAAAUGCACUUUGAUUCUUUUAUGCUGGUGCUUCCUUUUCUGUCCGUUGCUGGCAAUGGAUUUAACCCCUGAAAAACUGGGGUUGGUUGCGCCAGUAAAAUGAAUUUUUUUUUUAAGAAGAUUUAAUUAAAUAUUUUUGCACUUUUCAAGUUUUAGUCCAAAAAUCAUGCCAAAGUGAACAAACUGAAACCUGAAGAUGAGUUUGUUUCAGCUUGAGCUUUGCCAAACAGUGGUUGAAUACAUACAUGCUUUCAUGACUAGCCUUAAGAAAUUGGUGUAAGCUGGGGAAUUGAAUCUAGCUGUCCUACUGGGCUUACUUGUGACCAUUCUCGUCACUUUAAAUGGGAGCUGAAGUAGGCAUGUUUUAGGAAUACGGUACAUCUGUUGGGGCCAUUUGCAAAACCACUUUCUCUCUAGGAUCAUUAGUAGUUAAGGAAAUGUUUCUGCCUUACUGAUCUGGUCCACUUAGGAAUUAUAAUGCAUACUCUGUGUGUUUCCCAACAGGAAAAUGAGUUGUAUUUCUGCAGUGAUGAACAGAAAAUGGGUAGAUUGUCAGUCCUUGAGCUAGUGGUCCAUUGCUUAUCAGUAAAUUAUAUUUGGAGAGGAUGAGGGUCCCAUGCUGAUCUGAAUAUUUGAUAAACUAGUGUGCUUUCAUAAAACCUCUGAAAUAGCAUCAUCUACCUAUACUGACCUAUUCCUACCUAAUCUUAAGCAAAACCCCCAGCCAAGCAAACAAACAAA